AUGCCGCCACCCAACUGCUCGGUGGCGCCCAGCUACGCGGCGGAGGCGGCCGCAGCCUCGCUGCUGCUGCUGGAGUGCGCCCUGGGCGCGCUGGGCAACGCCGCGGCGCUCUGGACCUUCUUCUUCCGUCUGAAGGUGUGGAAGCCCUACGCCGUCUACCUGUUCAACCUGGUCCUGGCGGACCUCCUGCUGGCUGCCUGCCUGCCCUUCCACGCCGCCUUCUACCUGCGGCACAAGAGCUGGGGCCUGGGACGUGCGUCCUGCCAAUGGAUGCUCUUCCUGCGGUCCCUGUGCCGCGGCGCGGGGGUCGCCUUCCUCACCACCGUGGCCCUGGACCGCUACCUCCGGGUGGUCCACUCGCGGCUCAAGGUCAACCUUCUGUCCCUGCGGGCGGCCUGGGGCAUCUCGGUCCUGGUCUGGCUCAUGACGGCAGCCCUCACCCUCCAAAGCGUGUUCCUCUCUGAGGACGAGUGCCCCGGUCCUGAGCCCAGGACGGGGUCCUCCUUCGGCCUGAUCUGGCAGGAAGCCCUCUUCUUCCUCCAGUUUAUCCUGGCCUUCGGCCUCAUCCUGUUCUGCAGUGCCGGCCUCAUCAGGACUCUCCAGAAGCGGCUCCGAGACCCACGCAAGCAGCCCAAGCUGCAGAGGGCCCAGGCGCUGGUGGCCGUGGUUGGGGUGCUGUUCACGCUGUGUUUCUGCCCAGCUUUCCUGGUCCGCAUCCUACUGGCCGUGUUCCGAGGGGCGCUCAGCUGCGGGGUCCUGAGCUCCAUGGUCCACGCCGCUGACGUGACCGGCAGCCUCACCUACCUGCAGGGCGUGCUGAACCCCGUGGUGUACUGCUUCUCGAGCCCCGCCUUCAGACGUUCCUACCGCAAGCUCUUCUACACCCUCACCCUCAGGGGCCGAAAGCAGGAAGCAGAGGCUCCAGGCUGUGAGCUCAGAGACUCUUACUCCUGA